AGGUUGGGAAUAAAGUGGGGGAGAGAACGCCGGUGUCGUGAUGCUCGCGCGCUGGAAACGUUCAGCCUGAUGACACCGUGGUCUGCAGCUGCACUACAGUGAACUGGGUCAUUCAAUCCCAUGAAAAUGCAUGUCUGGAUACCACCAAUAAUCUUGCUGGUUGCCGCUUCGCUGAGCCUGGUCGAGAUGUAUGACAGUUAUGGGGAGAUAUGUAGGAAUCUGUGCACUUGUGAGGAAAAAGAGGGCAUUCUGACAGUCAGCUGCGAGAACCGGGGCAUCGUCCGUCUGUCAGAAAUCAGCCCGGUGCAUUUUUCCACAUACCACCUCUUACUGACGGGGAACCUGCUGAAAAAAUUGUCUGUUAAUGACUUUAUCAACUACACUGGGGUCACUAUCUUGCAUUUAGGUAACAAUGAUAUCUCUGAAGUGGAGACGGGGGCUUUCAAUGGACUCCAGGGAUUAAAGAGGUUGCACUUGAAUAACAACAAAAUAGACAUUCUUAGGGACGACACAUUCAGUGGAUUAGAGAGCCUAGAAUAUCUUCAGAUUGAUUACAAUUUUAUUAGCAUCAUCGAGCCCAGUGCUCUGAGCAAACUCCACCAACUGACUGUGCUCAUAUUAAAUGACAACCUGCUGUCAUCGCUGCCUCCGAACAUUUUCCGCAACGUGCCCUUGACCCAUUUGGACCUCAGGGGCAAUCGACUGAAAAUGUUCCCUUAUAUCGGCCUUCUGGAGCACAUGGACAAAGUGGUGGAGUUACAGCUGGAGGAGAAUCCGUGGAAUUGUUCUUGCGAGCUAAUCACCCUCAAGGCUUGGCUGGAGAGCAUAGCAUACACAGCAUUGGUUGGGGAAGUGGUUUGUGAGACUCCAUUUCGGCUGCACGGCCGGGACUUGGAUGAGGUUUCCAAGCAGGAACUUUGUCCCAGAAGAGCUAUUUCGGAGUAUGAAAUGCGCCCACCACCGCCCCUCAGCACUAGCGGAUAUUUCCAGACAACUCCAGCUGCUGUAACAGCCUCAGCCACUUCCUCAGCUGUGCUUAGAUCCUCCUCAAGGCCCACAAAGGGCACCCGGCAGUCCAACAGGACCAGAUCCAAACCCACAUCUCGCAUCCCGGCAAACCCUUACAACUAUGGGCCCAUCAUAGCUUUCCAGACCAAGUCCCCUGUCCCUUUGGAUUGUCCCACAGCCUGCACAUGCAACCUGCAAAUCUCUGACCUCGGGCUCAAUGUCAACUGCCAGGAGAGGAAGAUUGAAAGCAUAUCGGAUCUAAAGCCCAAGCCAUACAAUCCCAAAAAGAUGUACCUCACAGGGAAUUACAUCCCCGUUGUGCGGAGAUCGGAUUUCGUAGAGGCCGAAGGAUUGGAUUUGUUGCACUUGGGAAACAAUCGGAUAGCGCUUAUACAUGAUAGGGCUUUUGGGGAUUUAAUUAACCUACGCAGGCUUUACUUGAAUGGCAAUUUGAUUGACAGGCUCACUGCAGACAUGUUCUUUGGGCUUCAGAACCUGCAGUACCUGUACUUGGAAUAUAACAAAAUCCGAGAGAUCGUGGGAGGCACCUUUCGUUUCGUGCCCAACCUCCAGCUGCUUUUCCUCAACAACAACCUUCUGAAAACCUUGCCUGGAGGCAUCUUUUCUAGUCUGUCGCUCUCUAGGCUCAACCUGCGCAACAACCAUUUCCAGAACCUUCCUGUGAGUGGUGUUCUGGACCAGCUGAAGGCUUUGGUGCAAGUUGAUCUGUUCGAGAACCCUUGGGAUUGCUCUUGCGAUGUGGUAGGAAUGAAAAUAUGGUUGGAGCAGCUAAACUCUGGCACCGUGGUUAAUGACGUCAUUUGCACGACCCCAAAGAGGCUCGCCGGCCAAGACAUGCGUGGAGUUCUUGCUGAGCAGUUGUGUCCUGAUUAUUCGGAUAUAGUUGUGUCCACCAUAGCUCCUUCUGAGGAACCUUUGGCAGGCAGGGUCACCACCACGGAGAUGCCCAUGAGAUUCAACACUCCCACAAGCACCGUCCCUCUGUCUGUCCUCAUCCUCAGCCUCCUCCUUGUCUUCAUCAUGUCGGUGUUUGUGGCUGCUGGGCUGUUUGUGGUGGUCAUGAAGCGGCGCAAGAAGUCGCAGAGUGACCGCACCAGCACCAACAACUCGGAUGUUAGCUCCUUCAACCUGCAGUACAGCCUCUACAGCAACCGGUCUGUUCCCAAAGUCAAACCGCCUGCAGGCCAUGUCUAUGAGUACAUUCCACAUCCUUUGGGCCACAUGUGCAAGAACCCCAUCUACAGGUCCAGGGAAGGCACCGCCAUUGAGGAUUACCCUGAUCUGCAUGAGCUGAAGGUGGUCAGCUAUAGGAAUACACCUGAAGAAGAAAGGGAUCCAACCUUACGGAGCCCAAAUUACACAGUCAGUACCAUUGAGCCUCGGGAAGAGCCGUCCACCAUCCAGGAUGCAGAACAUUUCUUCAGAGGGAUCCUAGAGCCAGACAAAGCUACUCCAACCAGCGCUGGAAACAGGUACGAUUACAAGUACCCAAGUCCUGGCCAUUACACGUACAACCCGAAUUUCGACGUCAGGCGGCAGUUCUUACAUCCCGAGGGAAUUAGAGAGACCGUGCUGUAUGGCACGGCGCCAAGUACUGUCUACGUGGAGCCUAACAGGAAUGAAUAUUUGGAACUAAAGGCGAAACUCCAAGUGGAGCCGGACUACCUCGAAGUUCUUGAGAAACAGACGACGUUUAGCCAGUUUUAAACCAUGGUCUAAUAAUACAGACUGUACUGUAAAAGCUUUUUUUCCCCCCUUAUACUUGUACCAUCUCAAGCUGGAGGGUGCCUGGGCACAGCAUACGCCAUCUCUAAAGAAAAAGAACAACAUGAAAAGCAAACAAACAAACAAAAAAAGCAAGUCUUACAACGGGGUGUGCCAAACUGUAUUACUUUAAGUUUCAAAGCUACAUGACAUUACAGGAAAAAAACAACUACAACAAAAAAGCUCUCUGAAAUGGAUGAAAGCACGAGUUGUGAUAUAAAACUGCUGAUGCAAAAUCUAUUUUUUUAAGUUGAAGAUUGAAUACACAUAAACGUAGGUGUACAGAUUAAUCCAAGUACAUUUUUCAGGAGUAUAAUCAUGCAGAUAUUGUGAACUAUUGCAACAGAAAAAAAUGUUUAUAUAUAAAAAAAACAAAGAGAGUAAGAGAGAAAAAAAUCACCCUCUGACAGAACACUGUACUGCAGUGCAUCUAACUGUGCAGGACAAUUCUUCUGCUCUAGUCUGUAAGUAAGUAUUUAUUGGUAUACUCUUUGCCAUGUAUUUUCAACAUUAUUUGAUUACCCAUCAAUAUUACCUGUACCAUAUCCAUCUGUACGAGCUUUCUGUUUGUAAUUUCUGAUCAUUUACUGUAGCUUGCAUUGUACAAGUGGCUUUCUUUCAACGGUGGCACACCCCCAACCCCUCAACCCCCCCUUCCCAAAUUGUCAAAGAGAGACUUUUGCUUCAUUUAAAAAAAA